AUGGCCGACCCUCUUUCCAUCGCAGCAAGCAUCGCCGGCCUCGUGUCGCUCGCCGGCAGCGUCUUUGGAGUUCUCUGCCAACUGACCGCAGAUCUCAAGGACUACAAGCGAGAGAUCAACGAGCUCCAGACCGAAGUGAGGUCUUUGUCUGUCCUCCUUCACGACUUGUCUCUUCUUGCGACCGCGCUUGAGACCGAACCUACCCUCGAUAGCUCCUUCCGACUGGAGCACGUCGAUGCCUGCGAACGAACGCUCUACGAAGUCAAGACCAGACUUGAGAAGACUCGACCAUCAGCAUCGAAACUUCCGGUCGCAAAAGGUAGCCGCGCGAAAGCUAGUCUGACGUCCACGAUUUCUCGACUCAAAUGGCCGUACUCGAUCAAGGAAUUCCAGAAACUCCUCGCGGAUCUUACCCAUCAUAAGGAGACCAUCGGCUUGGCCUUGUCGGCGGACUCGAUGAAGGCCCUUUUACAAAUGCUCUCAAAACACAGCGACAUGUCCGACGAGUUGACAGAUAUUCGAGAGACUGUGAAAGAAAUCAAAACUCGGAUCUUCAUCGAUCAACAUCGCCAGAAAGUGCUUGACUACUUCACGCCUGUCAAUCCGCAAGUCUACCUGGAGACUAGCUUGCAACUGCGACAUCCCUUGACUGGCUUGUGGCUUACCGAGGAACAAGAUUUUAAGACCUGGAUAUCCGAGCAAAACGCGAAGCUUUGGAUGAGCGGCAUUCCAGGGGCAGGCAAAACGGUCAUUGCGGGGUCCAUAAUAGAGGAGGUGCUCAUGACUGCAUCCCGCAGCAACACAAUCGGGGUGUGUUUCUACUUCUGCGACUACAAGGACCCGAAGUCUCUCGACUGGGCGAAUAUACUCAGCUCAUUGGCCUCUCAACUUGCACGGCAAAACGAUCGAGUAUACACGAUCCUGGAGUCAUAUUACGCCGGCCUACAUCCGGACAGGGGCCUCCCAAGGCCCGUGGCGCCCAAUCAGAUCCUGGGUAUUGUAAGUCAGAUGAUUACUCUAUUCGAUCGAGUGAUGGUCAUCGUUGACGGACUGGACGAAUGUGGACCCAAUUCCGCUGUGCCAGUCGCUCUCGCCGAGCUCGCGGAAACUUCGCCUGAAGUAUCGAUGGCUUUGCUGAGUCGCCCUGAUUACGAUAUUCGACAGGCGAUUGAGUCGAACUUUAUGCAUAUUGACAUUGCUGCGAAGGGUACUGAUGUCCGACGAUACGUCCGUGAAGAGCUGGAAGAACGAAUCCAACAGAGAAGGCUUCGGCUUCGGAGUCAAGCUUUGAAGGAGGAUAUCAUCAACACACUUAUUGAGAAGGCCGGGGGAAUGCAAGUAAACAGCCCUCAUUUGGACUAUCUUUGCGACCUUCCUAUGGACAAAGACAGGAGAGAGGCUCUUGACAAACUGCCUCCGACACUAAACGCAACUUACGAGAGGAUAUUGUCACAGUAUACCCAUCCGAGCACGGUGCACAUAAUCUGCACAAGUCUCAGACUAGUAGCUGCGUUCGGGCCUCGGAUUACUAUUGCGGCACUUUGCGAGGCAGUUUCCAUAUCGAACGAUGUAGCAGACGAUCCCGUGCAAGAAGAGGACAUUGCAAGAUACUGCAGCAGCCUCCUACGCAAGUCACCGAAUAGACAACAUUUUGAAUUCGCCCAUUUCACAGUCCAGGAGUUCCUGCAGUCGGCCGAACGGCUAGGCUCUCCUCUCGCGGAGUAUUAUGUCGGCCCAGAUAACAUUGCCAUUAUUCUUGACCUAUGUCUUCGCUUUCUGUUGUUUCAGGAGUUCCAGCUCAACACGUCCGUAGUCGCGACUCCUGAACGGGCAGCAGAACUUGCGCGCAGUAUCUGCGAGCAACAUCCUUUCUACACAGUUGCAGCAUGCGAAUGGCCAUUUCUUGACCCGAAGUUUCUGCGUGACGUGAAUAGACAAGAAACAUGCUCUUCCACAAAUGGAGCAGUGAAUCCAUUUAUUGGUGCGUCAGACAGAGCCUGUAUGUUAUUCAAAGAGGAAGGACGCCGUCAAUUUAGACUGUGGGCUGUCGUCUUCUGUCAGCAAUUCCAGCGACAGUAUCAUCCGCGCUCCGACGAGGCGGUUGCGGCUAGUAGUGCUGCGAUCUUGGACGGCUCCUUUUCUGCACUCCAUAUGGCUUGUGCUCUCGCCUUGCCUGUCCUAAUCACUUCAGUGGCUGGGAUGGUCCGGGAAAGCUUGCUGGUGGAGUACGCUAUUUCUCCCGGGGCCUGUCUGGUUAUCGGCUUACCAGUCCUGCUUUUCGAAAAAUUGCCUGUCGAAGGAGAGUGUCAAAUUCCUGACAAUUCCGUGCAGAUCUGGGAUGACAACAAAGUGCCAGUAGAGAUAUGGACGGACGCGAUGGCAAUGUUGGCGGAAUAUGAUAUCGGAUUUCCUGAUACAGUUGAGAUGGGUGGUACGCAAGAGAGCACGCUACGAUUUAUUCUCUGGAGACAUGAAAGUGAUUUCAGAAGCCAUCCAGACCCGACACAGGGCUUCGAAAAGCUCCUGCUAGCGGGUCUAGACACUGAUUUGGGCGCAAUCCUUCAGCUCGAGAGUGCGACAGCCGUUUACUGCUCAAGAGGCAACCCCAACAGAGACGAGCUGAAAGACCGCUUGCACCUUAUAGCUAAGGCCCUGGAGCUGGAACGCGAUAUCUAUGAUCAGGAUGAUAUAGAGGAAGCCGCAGAGAUCGCCGAAACCAUUAAACGGACAGUGGCUAAUCUGUCUCCUAACCCGUGCCUUCCAGACGCCCGGCAGAUUGAAGCACUGAGCGAUUUCACAUUCACAAGCAAUGUAUACAACGCGGUCCUAAGCAAUAACAUUCCCGUGUUGGAGUUGUACUCCGCCGACCAGCGAUACAAGAAAAUGGAGAGAGGCACUCAUCCAGAUACACCACUUCUGCACUUGGCGCUGGAGUCUAACUGUCACGAAGCUUUCCAAUAUCUUCUGACGGCCGGAUGCAGUGACUCUACAGCAAACUGGGAAGGAAGUACCGUGUGGCAUCGAUUGGCGGAGAGUGGCUCCCUGCGGUUUCUGAAAGCCCUGAAAGAUCUGUCUGAAGAUCCUGGAUCACGGCAAGAGGAUAGGAACUCUGAGGGAUACACUCCACUCCGCCUUGCUGUGAAGAACAAACACCCCUCUGUAUAUGAACUGGCAUUCCACGGAGGAGUCGGGUCGGUGGAACUGAUGAAAGCCAUUGCGUCUGCAGAAAUCUCCACUGAAGAGGCCAGGCUUCCCAUCCAUCAAGUACCGCUGAAUGCUGAUCUCCUGACGCUGAAACAAUGGACGUCAGUGUGGCCGGAGUCGCGCGACAAGCGGUAUAGAGGACAGCUCCCUAUUGAAAUUCUACUUGAGAAGCUGCCGGUAUACGAGGGAGUUGUCCUCGAUAAAGGAAUCCUGAUUGAACUUAUGCCGACUGCACGCUCCUCACAAUUUGAAGUAUAUCGGUUCUUCUGUUCUAGUGUCAUAGUUUCCAAUAUGGCGUCGCCUGCAACAAGCCCGCACUUCCCGAAGCUACUGGGCGUCGUCCUGGGGGUACUAGCUGAUAUCCCCAAGCUCUCCUUGCAGCCUCUCAUAGAGGCAUUUCUUACCUAUAUAAACGCUCUCGAGGCCGGUAAAGAUGGUGAGCCUGGCUGGCCUGGAAUGACCGAGCUUGACAUGGUGAUCAACCGGAUCUUGAUUGCAAAUAUCAAUGACAUAGAGGCCACCGAUCGUGAAGAGCUUUUGACACUUACUACCUACAUUGCUACCUUUUUGAACUGGGAGGCAGUGUGCGAUACGUGCUUGUCAUCUGGCUCGAGCAUGUACGACAAAUUGGAUGUGGAAUCGGCCCUCGAAAUCGCCUGUCAUCCUCUAUCCCUUUGUUCAGAAUCCACCCUUGCAACCUUGUUGAGCGGUGGGGAUAUUCUCAGCCCGUACUCACUAAACCCUCUGAUAUUUGUCCUCAUAGACGGCAAGGAUGUAGCCGAGAAGCUGACUCUGCUCCUUGAACAUGGAGCAGACGCCAACACAAAGCACCCGGAAUCCGGAGAGCCAGCUGUGAUAUACCACCUGUUGCAUGGCUCUUCUAUCCUUGCGAGUGUCCUUCUGAAACACGGCGCUGACCCUCUCUCACAACUUGAAUGUGGAUUCGAUGUAGUGUGUGGGUUUAUCUGGAACGAUAUGGACGACGAACUCGAAGCCUUCCAACAAAAGCACCCGCGACUCGACUGGUCUAAGUCUUUCUCUUUUCCGUCGAAACUAGCUCCUGAACACAGGUUCUCUCGCUACCUCGAUCAAGAAGAUAUUGAAGAGUUCACUCUGUUGCACCUGGCAGCGUUCCAGGGGUCAUUCAAAUGCCUGCGAUAUUUGGUGGAAGGGGGACUAGUUAUUGAUAUUAAUGCUCCAACAGCGGACGAGUGGACAUGCGUGCAUUUCAUGGCAGUAUGCGGCUCUUCUGAAAUUGACAAAGCCAUGGGAUAUCUUCAAAGCCACGGAUGUGAUAUUAAUGCCAAGGGCCCGAAUACGGAAACGGCUCUUGACUUCAUCAUCGUCUGCAAUGUGCCGCCGCAGACUGUUCAUGCCUUGCUUAAUCUUGGUGCGAGGUGGUCAAAAACUGACUGCUUUAGAAGCGCGAAUAUGUACUCUGCUUGUGCAAUUCUGGAGUAUGCGCAUCCUUUAUUGAUGGAAGACCCAAGUACUGGUGAGUCAAUGGCAGAAGCUAUGCUUUAUGUCCUCUUGAACGCGGUGAAACAUGGGGAUAUUUCAAUUAUCAAGAGACUCGAUGCGCUCGGCUGCCCCCUCGGUGAGCCUUUUCCUGGUUGCGUACAGUGCUCGCCGCUUCUACAUGCAUCGUAUCACGAACAAUGGACGGUAGUGGACUGGCUCCUGGAUUAUGACGGUGCAAUUUGGGCGUCCGAGUGCAAAUUAAUCGGCCGCAGUCACAAUCCAAUCUCUCUUGCAGCGAAAGACUCCGAGCUGAACCCCAUCUUGGAGCGCCUUCUAGAUCAUUUCCAUAGUUCGUGGCAGCUAUGGCUGAUAGGCGAGACGUCACCCAUCAUACAAGCAAUCGCGGCCGGGAAUAUCGACGGCCUUCGCAUAAUAUUGCGGUUCAUUGCAGCCAAGGCAAGUGAGCGAAAUGGCGGACUCGGCAUUCCACGAACGGCAGACAUUCUGAACACCCCUCGGACAAACAUGGCUCUCCACGAAGCGGCCCGUGCAGGCAAUGAACCCGCCCUUCAAUUGCUCAUAGACCAUGGUGCUGCUCUCGACGCUCAGGACAUAACCGGCAAGGCGGCAGUAUACUAUGCUGCUACAUCAGGGCGAUACGAAGCCCUCGAAUUGCUACUCCGUCAUGGGGCCACCGCCUCGAAACCCUCUCCGAAAUAUCCGUCGCUCUUGCAUCUCGCGGCCAACUACGACGACCUGUACCUCCUUAAACUCGCCUAUCCCUACUACAUAGCAGGGAACAUGGCCUCACCGCUAGUUGUAGCAUACUUGUCCCCAUUCUCCUUCUGCCAUUCUAAGGAAUGCGUCCGGUAUCUCCUCUCCCAGGGCCUGACUUUCGGUGGCCCCGACGCAAUGGGCAUCUCAGCCGUCCACUGGCUAUUAGGCAGGGAAAGAAUCCAGUCGUGGAUCCUCCAAUCCCACUUCCUAAACACACACAAUCUCGAUACAGAGCCAGUCAACCUCCAAGAGCUCCAGAUCGAUCAGACCAUCUCUCGGAGUAUCAUCAACGCCAUACCCAAACUGCUGCGCGUCCUCGGUAAAGACUGCACGCGCGCUAUGUUCCCCUCAAGACCACCAGCAGCCUUCAAUGCACUCUGUCUUGCAGCAGAGUACGGGGCGCUGGAGAGCUGCCGUGUGCUGGUCUCCAUCGGGGCAGACCUCGACUAUCCUGGUCAUCCGUGGGGCACGCCGUUGGCCGUGGCGCUUCAAUUCAGACAUAUGGAUGUCGCCCGCUAUUUAGUGCGUGCUGGUGCCAAGGUCGUGCAUUUUGGUGGGAGUUUGAGGGAAAGGCGCUGCGCGAGUGUUUUGCGCGCUGCAUACUGGUAUCCUGAGUCGGUUCGCUGGUUGCUCGUUGAGAGGUUUACCGAGCAGAGGAUGAUCACGGCUGGAUAG